AUGUCGUUCAGCGAGACCACACGAUACCACCAGCUCAUCGACGGCCGAAUCCUAGAGGCCGAAUGCCUCAAUGAGUACGGUGAUUGGGUUCGCUCCGCCAUUGACCUCAACAACUACAUUGGCAACAUCAAUGGAACCCUUGAAUGGGACAGCGCCGGUUUUUUUGAUACCGCCGUCAAUGUCAACUUGGUCGAGUUUGGACGAAGGCUCGAGGCUGUUCUGGUUAGGGAAAGCGGGAUGGAAGAUAUCUGUGGUCUGUGGCUUGACGAAAGGAUUUCCAACAUUAACGGAGAGCUCGUUUACCAGGGCGGCGGCGGAUAUCAACAAGGAGGAUUUCAACAACCGGGAUUAGGGCAGGUGAUCGAAGACGUAGCCUACAUGGAAGAGCAGAGAGUCGAGAACGAUAUCUACCGAGACGAAGCCAGAGUUGAGGGCGCAUUCUACGGGGCUGAGGCUGCAGUCGAGGGGGCAGUCUACAGGGAAGAAGAGAGGAUCUACGACGAUGAGGUUAGAGUUGAGAAUGACAUCUACCGGGAUGAGGCCGAAAUCGCGGCUGUAGAGAACUUCAGGCCAGAAGUGGAGGUGGAGGUUGACUUUAACGGAAGAGGUUACUACUAG